UUCAAAUCUUAUUUAUAUGCAGAGCAAUAAACACCUAAUAGUAUCAUCAAAGCUCAAAUUUAACCAGUUCAUAAGAAAGAGGAAAGAUAAGUAAUUAAUAAUGGCAGCGAGACAGCAACAAAAAGGAACAGGCUUCGGGGUUCAAUACGAGGACUUUGUCCCCAAAUCCGAAUGGAAAGAUCAACCUGAAGCCACCAUUCUCAACAUUGACCUAACAGGUUUUGCAAAGGAGCAAAUGAAAGUGACGUAUGUGCACAGCUCGAAGAUGAUAAGAGUCACUGGAGAACGUCCCUUGGCUAAUCGGAAAUGGAGCCGUUUCAACGAGGUGUUCACUGUUCCACAGAAUUGUUUAGUGGAUAAGAUCCAUGGGAGCUUUAAGAACAAUGUCCUCACCAUCACCAUGCCUAAGGAGACGAUCACGAAGGUGGCUUAUCUUCCAGAAACUUCUAGAACUGAAGCUGCUGCUCUGGAGAAGGCGGCGAAGCUAGAGGAGAAGAGAUUGUUAGAAGAAUCUAGAAGGAAAGAGAAGGAAGAAGAAGAAGCUAAGCAGAUGAAGAAGCAGCUUCUGGAAGAGAAAGAGGCGCUAAUUAGGAAGCUGCAAGAAGAAGCUAAAGCAAAGGAAGAGGCUGAAAUGAGGAAGCUUCAAGAAGAAGCUAAAGCAAAGGAGGAGGCCGCGGCAAAGAAGCUUCAAGAAGAAAUUGAAGCAAAAGAGAAACUUGAGGAGAGAAAGCUCGAGGAAAGGAGACUUGAGGAGAGGAAGCUCGAGGAUAUGAAGCUUGCGGAAGAAGCUAAACUAAAGAAGAUCCAGGAGAGAAAGUCUGUUGAUGAAUCUGGAGAAAAAGAGAAGAUACUAAAGCCAGAAGUGGUCUAUACAAAAUCCGGGCACGUGGCUACUCCCAAACCUGAGUCGGGGUCUGGUCUCAAGUCCGGGUUUGGAGGAGUAGGCGAGGUGGUGAAGUCAGCGGAAGAAAAACUAGGAAACUUGGUGGAAAAGGAAAAGAAAAUGGGGAAAGGGAUAAUGGAGAAAAUAAGAAGGAAAGAGAUAACAAGUGAAGAGAAGAAGUUGAUGAUGAAUGUAGGAGUGGCUGCUCUUGUUAUCUUUGCUCUCGGAGCUUAUGUUUCUUAUACCUUCUGCUCUUCUUCUUCUUCUUCUUCCUCUUCGUCUCCUUCUUCAUCAUCAUCUUCUACCAAACCAGAAUGAUAUAUCUCUAAGAAAGAAAAAUGUUGUGCAAAUUGAAGAAUGUGUAUAUUAUAUACUUUGUGAUAUAUUUCUACAGUCUAAUAAAGUUUGAUGAUGUCAUAUUUAAGACCUAUAUAUCAUAGUU